AUGAUACACGUACACGUUAAUUUAAAACAUCAUCAUGAUUUAGAAAAACGUUCAAAUGAUUUACAAGAUAAAAUUAUUGAACAAACAAUAUAUUAUGAAUAUUUAUUACAUGAAAUACAAAAACAAUUACCAUUAACAAAACGAUUAUUACAUUUUGAACAAAUUCAAGCAGCUUUUGUUCUUUAUAAGGAUUUAAGACAACGUUUAGUUGUUAUUGAACUAGAAUUAUUACAUUUAAAUGAUGAAAUACAAAAUCUUUGUAAAGAAUUAAAUGUUGUUUCAUUAGAAAAUGAUAUUGUUAAUGUAAAAGAUAAUUUUAUUAGAAUAUCAAAUGAUAUUCGAGAAAAAUUUCAUAGUGCAACUGUUAUUGUUAAUGAUAUAAAACGUAAUUUAGCUAAUCUUGAAGAUCUAUUAAGUCAAUGUUCAAUUGAAUCACGAACACGAUAUGAUGGAGAUAUAACUGAAAUGAAAGAUCAGUUAGAACGAAUGAUGGAAGUGGAAAAACGUCUUGAAAAUAUUGGAGAUGUUUAUUUGAACACAGAAGCAUUAAUUAAAUGUUUAGCAACUUAUUAUUUAUAUGAUUUACAAUCAACUGAAGCAGCAUUAGAAAGUUUUCAUCGUAAAUGGACAUCACUUAAAAGAGAUAUUUUACGAAGUGAACAAAUUCUUCAUCAAAAUAUUAUUAAUAAUUUACCAUCAAGACAAGCUUGUAAAGAAAUAAUUUUAUUUAUUGAUGCAAUUAAACGUUUAUUGGAUGAUGAUCAUGGUGCACCUAUUAAUAAUAGAGAGAAACUUUACAAAAAUUACUUAAACGAUAUCGAGUAA